AUGGUUUCUGAUCAACCCACCGCCAAUCGUAUCACUGUCAACUCUGCUGAACAGGACGACCUCAUUGAGUCUGUCACUGUCUUUCAAUCCAAUCGUGCCGAAAUAAAGCGCAGGGUCAGACUCGAUCUCAAGAGCGGGCAAAACCAUGUUCGCAUCGAGCGCCUACCAUCUUGCGUAAACGAGGACUCUAUUCGAGUGGAUGGAACAGGCACCGCCGUUAUAUUUGACGUCGUUUACCAUGCACCGUCCCGUGACCAGGGUAGUCGAGCCACAGUCACGACAGAUCUACGCCGUUCGCUCGAAACACUGCAAAAGGAACGCAGCAUCACCCAAGAGCAAUCGGAAUUUCUUGGGAAUUAUGGUCGUACUCUUGAUAGCAAGAACAUGAACAUCGAGGACGUCCAACGAUUCCUGGACAUGUUCGGCCCUCGUCAACUUGCGGUUGCAAAGAGAAUCCAGGAAUUGGACGCCGAGAUUAGUAAGGCCCAGAAAGAACUGAACGAGGCACAGCAAAAGGAGUAUGAAGACGUACGGGGAGCGCAACGCGGCGUGGCGGUCACCGUGACUGUGUUGGCCGAGACAAAUGAUACUGCAGAGCUGACUCUGACUUAUGGCACUCGCUUACUAUUCGAUCCAGUCGUGUCAAACGCAAGCUGGAAACCGCUAUACGAUAUCCGCGCAUCAAUUGCGAAAUCACCCGAGGACACCUCAGCGAUCGCGUUGCACUACCGCGCUUCGAUUACCCAGACGACUGGAGAGAACUGGCCCGACGUCGCACUAUCACUUUCGACCGCAUCUCCUCAGCUAGGUAGCUCUGUGCCCAAGAUAUCACCGUGGCGAAUUGGAUUUCCCGCUCCAAAGCCCAUCGUGCAACCUGUGGCCCGCUCUGCUACCGCGUUUAGGACUAAAGCAACCCGCACCUCAAUGUUCUUAGAUUCUUUUGAAGAUGAUUCGGAACCAGUUGUUGAACUUUGUGCCUUGGCCCCGCAGCCCCCUAUGGCUAUCCGCAAGGCUCAUGUGGAGAGUACUGGUGUCCUCAAUACUACCUUUGGAAUCCCCGGACGCAGCGACAUUCCUAGCGACGAGGGAAGUCACAAGGUUGUCAUUUCCGUGCUUGACCUCCGAGCGGAUCUGGAGUGGAUCUGCGUGCCCAGGGAAAAAGAGAGUGUCUUCUUGACAUGCAAGGUCGUGAACACGAGUGAAUUCACGUUGCUUCGUGGAGAAGCCAGCGUAUUCAUGGACGACAACUUUGUGUCCAAGAGUCAAAUUGAACAUGUCUCUCCUAAUGAAUCAUUCAAAACCUCGCUUGGUGUCGAUUCUUCCCUUCGCGUUACCUACCCUGCUGCCAAAACACUCAACCGCACUGCCACUCAAUCUGGGUUUUCAUUCAUAGCCAAAGAGAAACAAUCGGUCUCGGCUCAGUCUCAGAGAAUCACUAUUCGCAACUCUCGUCAGCUUCCGUUUCUCACUGAUACACGGAUCAAGGUCAACAUUCUCUCGCCCGAAGGUCUGGACGUUUCAGCAGCUCCGACAUCACCGACCAGCGAAGGCGUCGAUGAGGGGAAGCGCAAGGAGGGCGCGUGGGCGGCUUUGGAAGCCGGAGGGGAAGGUACGGUGGAAUGGAGCUGUGAUAUCGCACCUUCGGACGAGGUGGAGCUUGAACUUGCGUGGGAGGUAUCUGCGCCUGCUGGACAGAGAUGGCAGGAUCUUUGA